ACUGUGGGAGCAAGCCCGGGGGCUGAGGUAAAAGCUAAGAGGCAGGCACAGGGGUUGAGGAUCAAGGGGUCCAGGUGCAAACUUGCGGGGCAGACACGGGAGCUGAGGAAAGAACUGGGGUGCGGACACCGGAGUUGAGGUAAAAUCCGUGAAGACACACGCAGUGACUGAGGCAGGAACCGGGGGAGAGUUGCAAAGACUGUGGUGGGAAUCAAGACGGGGAAGAGCCCGGGGGGCUGAGAUCAGAACCGGGGUUACAGACACGAGGGCCGAGGCCGGAAAUAUUUGGGGCAGACGGUAGGCUAAGGUGAGAACCGGGGUACAGAAGGUGACUGAGGCGGGAACCCGGGAAAGAGAGACGCAGAGGCUGCGGCGGGAACAGGGGGAGUAGACCCAAGGCUCCAAGGAAGGCCAGGGCCGGCGGGGUCAUGCUGGAGGGGCUGCGGAGGAGCGCGCGAGGCGGAGCUGGAUGGGCCCCCGCUCUGCUGCGGGGGCUGACGACGCAGGUGCUGCAAGAAGGCGCCGUCCGGGAGGUGGCCGGUGCCCCCCAGGUGGGUGCCCUGCCCUUUGACGCCAUCCCUCAGAGCCCUGGCAACAGCUGGAUAAAGGUGCUGAAGCUGUGGAGGGGCAACGGCUUGGAGACUUUUCACUACCAGCAGGAAAAGCUCUUCCAACAGCUGGGGCCUAUCUACCGGGAGAAGUUGGGCAAGAUGACCUCAGUGAACGUGAUGCUGCCCGAGGACGCUCUGCGGUUGUUCCAGGUGGAAGGCACCCACCCCCGCAGGAUGACUGUCGUGCCCUGGCUGGCCCACAGGCUGACCCGCCGCCAUAAAUGUGGACUCUUCCUACUGAACGGCCAGGAUUGGCGAUUGAGCCGGAAGAUGCUGAACCAGGACAUCAUCUCCCCGGCCGGGGUGCGUCAGUACCUGCCCCUGCUGGACACCGUGGCCCAGGACUUCAGCCGACUUCUUCAGAGCCGGCUGCAGCACAACCCUCGCGGCUCCAUCACCGUCUCCAUCCAGCAGGACCUCUUCUGCUUCACCGUGGAGGCGAGCACCUUCGCCCUGUACGGGGAGAGGCUAGGGCUGCUGGGACCAAAUCCCCAGCCGGAGGGUCUGAAGUUCAUCAAGGCCCUGGGCCGCAUGCUGGAGACCACGCUGCCCCUGCUCUACCUACCUCCCGUCCUGGCCCGCCUCCUCUACCCCCGCAUCUGGGAGCAGCACCUGCUUUCCUGGGACUACAUCUUCGAGCACGCCGAUAAAUGCAUGCAGAACAUCUACCAGGAGCUCUGCCUGGGCCGCCCUCUUCGCUAUACGGGCAUCAUGGCCGAGCUGCUGAUCAAGGCCGACCUCUCGCUGGAGUCCAUCAAGGCCAACAUGACGGAACUCACGGCUGGCAGCGUGGAUACGACGGCGUACCCGUUGCUGUUCCUGCUGUUUGAGCUGGCCCGCAACCCCGAGGUGCAGGUGACCCUCAGGGAGGAGGUCUUGGCGGCGGAGGAAGCUGGGAUUGGCGCCAACGGCGACCUCUUGGAGCUGAUCAAUGCUCUCCCCCUCGUCCGGGGGGCCAUCAAGGAGACGCUGCGGCUGUAUCCCGUCGGCAUCAUGGUGCAGCGUUACCUAUCCAAGAACACCGUGCUGCAGAAUUACAACGUCCCAGCUGGAACGCUGUGCAACGUGGCACUGUACCCCAUGGGCCGCAGUCCGGCGGUGUUUGCCUGCCCGGAGCGCUUCGAUCCACGGCGCUGGCAGGGCAAGGACAACAACUUCCGCUCCCUGAACUUUGGCUUCGGCUUACGGCAGUGCAUCGGACGCCGGUUCGCCGAGUCGGAGAUGGUGCUCUUCCUGCGCCACAUCCUGAAGAACUUCCAGGUGGAGACGGUGUCCCGAGAAGACCUCAAGACUGUGUACCACUUCGUCCUCAUGCCGGACUCGCACCCGCUCCUCACCUUCCGCACCCUCAAAUAGGGCCUGCCUUCACCACUCUCUCCCUCGCUGACUUCUGUCCUUGCCCCCUUCCUUCCCUGCCCCUGACUCUUACUCUCACACCCCUCCCCCAGGACCCCCAUCUCCAGCUCCUGUCAGCCUCCCCCACCAUCUCAGUCCCACCCCAGUAUGGUCCCGUUCUCUUCCAGAACAGCAGCCCAAGGUCCUUUUCGGGGAAGGGGCCCGGGAAUGGCUUCUGGGCUUCGGUGAAUCCCCUUCUGCCCCGCGUGGUGAGCUGGAGAGGGUGGAAAGAAUUGGAGAAGGCUUACUGGAGAAGUUGGCCCACCCCGCCUCCUUAAGCAUUCCAAAUCCGGUAACUGACAGAAGACUCCCAUCCCCUAGAAGGUUCUGUUUCACCCCUCAGCCCAAAGAAUCCCCUUCUCUCUCUUCCCUUCCUCCCCUUCCUCCUCCUCUCAGGAAGAGCCUUUCCCUUGGGCGCCAGGCCUCCUUCUGUCGCUCAGCGUUGGUGGCGAGUGGCAAGGCAGAGAGACCCUCCCGCCCCCUGUACCCCACACCCUGCCCUGGAAGGGGUCAGUCACCCCUGGCUCAGGUCCUCCUGGCCCAAGUCCUCCGGGCUCCUAGAUGUCGGCUGCAGAGGAAACCCCCUUUUUUUUGCCCAACCGCCAUCCCCCAGCUAAGAAUUCUCCUAGGCUUCGAGGUCGCAACCCUGACAUCGCUGAGAGGGGCGGCGUU